AUGUCGGGAUUGUUCAGAAUUGACUGUGGCUACCAAAACUACGACUGGGGAAAGAUCGGCUCCUCCUCUGCCGUCGCCCGUUUCGCUGCCAGCUCCAACAGCAGCACCGUCGUGGACGAGAGUAAGCCGUACGCCGAGUUGUGGAUGGGAACCCACCCAUCUGUUCCAUCCAAGGUUGUCGAGGACGCUUCGUUGCAGGGUAAGGUGUUGAGAGACGUUGUUGGCGAAGACCCAGCACGUUACUUGCACCCAUCUGUGAUUGAGAAGUUUGGCUCCGACAAGGAGUUGCCAUUUUUGUUCAAGGUGUUGUCCAUCGAGAAGGUGUUGUCCAUCCAGGCUCAUCCUGACAAGGCUUUGGCCAAGCAGCUUCACGCCAAUGAUCCAAAGAACUACCCUGACGACAACCAUAAGCCAGAGAUGGCCAUUGCUGUCACUGACUUCGAGGGCUUCUGUGGAUUCAAGCCAUUGGAGGACAUUGCCGCUACCAUCAAGGCUGUCCCUGAGCUUUCGGAGAUCUUGGGCCAAGAGCUCUCUGAGGAGUUCUGCUCGGGCAUCAGCGACAACGAGACCACCAACAAGAAGUUGUUGCAGAAGAUCUUCGGUAAGUUGAUGAACACAAGCGACGAUGUCAUUGCUGCCAAAGCCGACUCGUUGGUCCAGAGAGCCUCCUCUGACGCUGCCUCUCUCGAUGCCUUGGCUCCAGGCUUGGCUGACUUGAUCCAAAGAUUGAACAAGCAAUUUCCUCAAGAUAUCGGUCUCUUCUGCGGAUGCUUGUUGUUGAACCACGUCCGUUUGAAUGCCGGUGAGGCUAUGUUCUUGCAAGCCAAGGACCCUCACGCAUACAUCAGCGGUGACAUUAUCGAGUGUAUGGCUGCUUCUGACAAUGUCGUCAGAGCUGGUUUCACUCCUAAAUUCAAGGACGUCGAGAACCUCGUGGAAAUGUUGACCUACGCUUAUGGUGACGUUGAGAAGCAAAAGAUGCCUUUGUUGCCAUUUGCCAAGUCCAGAGGUGAGGCUAAGAAGUCCGUUUUGUACAACCCACCUAUUGCUGAGUUCGCAGUCUUGCAAACUAUCUUCGACGCCAAGGCCGGUGAGAAGCAAGAGUUCGAUGCCUUUGAUGGUCCUUCUAUCGUCAUUGCCACUAGCGGUACUGGUAAGAUCUCUGUCAAGGGAGAUGACUCUGUCAAGACUGUGGAGACCGGAUACGUUUUCUUCGUUGCCCCAGGAACUGAGAUUGAGUUGGAGUCCACUUCUUCCACUGAGCCAUUCACCACCUACAGAGCAUUUGUUGAGGCCUAA